GAACUGAUCACGAUUCGUAAUUUCGUACACGACAAAGGCAAAGUUGCCAGUGAUUAUUUUCGUUUUCGCUGAAGUCCAACAUAAUGUAAGCUAAUUUAAGAUUUUCGUACGUAGAUCAUAAACUCAUUACGACGCUCAAUCCUCCGUAGAAAAUUCGUCCUAAAAUUUUGAUAACGUGGUCCAUUUGUGAUUUGAAUUCCAGUUUAACCUUUGUCAGGUAUGGUGGCAGUGAUCAAGCACAAUGACCGAACUCGAUAAAAGUGCCUCUACAUCACAGUUAAAUGAGUCUUCCUCCGAGGCAGGGUCAGACCCUGCAUUCCUCUCGAAAAGUUUGUCCCUACCAGCCUCUUAUGUUGAUCGAAUCCCCAAGUAUCUAUCCUCAGCCGUUGUUAUCAUAAAUGGAAAGGUAUCUGCUCAAGAUAAGGAGAAUCCAGGGUCAGUCGAUUCAGAGCUCGUGACACCUACAUCAUCCGUCUCGGAGAGUGACGAAUCUAAUGGAAGAGGUUCACCACCUCCACCUGGCCACAUCAACUCUCAAAAUUAUCUUACAUUUACAGAAAGCUCAGAUGCUUUACUCAGUAUAACAGAAUUAACAGAAGUGAUCAGCAGCUGUCAAGAAUCCAUACUAAAAAGUGAAGAAUGUUCAGAGGAGCGGCGAUGGCUUGUCAGACGGCUGAUUGAGCUGAGGUAUCGAUUGGCUGUGGCCAAAGAGACCCUAAAUCAAGAGAACCAGUCACCUAUCAGUGAAACCAGGGUUCUUCGUGGACACCACUUCAGUUUGCAGAAGCGAUCUGUUGCCACUGCGAAAGCAAUGAAGUUCUGUGAAAGAUGCUGUCGAGCUAUUUGGACAGUUCUAGUCUCUUGGUACGAGUGUUUAGACUGCGGUUAUGAAUGCCACAUCAAGUGCAUUGAAAAUACAGUCAGGAUCUGUGCAAAUGUCAAACGAGCUGAAAAACCACAAUAUGAAACAAACAUUUGUCCAGAGACCAAUCUAGCAGAGCAAAAUUACAAGUGUGCAGAAUGCAAAUCUACAAUCAAUUUCCGUUCUACAUGGCAGGAGCCAAGGCUGUGUGACUAUGCUGGGAAAUAUUACUGCCCUCUGUGUCACUGGAACACAAUGAUGGUCUCUCCGGCAAGAGUUAUCCACAACUGGGACUUCAAUGCCUAUCCUGUUUGCAGAGCUUCAUAUCAGCUCCUUACACUCAAGCUCCACAAACCGCUGAUAUCCCUUGAGAAACUUAAUCCGCGUUUGUUUGGCUUGCUUGAUGAGUUAGGUAGAAUUAAGAAACUCAGGGAAGAUAUCCUAGUACUCAAAAGGUACUUGAUAACUUGCAGGAUAGCACUUGAAAAGAAUCUGGCCUGGAAGUUUUGUCAAAAACGGAGAUACUUCUUGGAGGAUGCAGAUAGAUACAGUCUUCAAGAUCUCAUUGAUAUAAAAAAUGGUGCUCUAGAGUCCAUUUUAGAAGGCAUUCACAACAAUUUGACAAAACACGUAAAAGUUGAUUGUGAGAUUUGCCGCGGCCGAGGGUACCGUUGCGAGCUCUGUGAUAACAAAACGAUAAUUUUCCCCUUUGAUAGUGGCAUUGACACGUGCUCAAAGUGUAAAACAGCAUAUCAUCAUAAGUGCUGGCAUGGUGCAAGAGAGUGCAGAAAGUGCGAACGUAUCAGGAAGUGGAGUGUCGUCUCAGUCGACAGUGAUGAUAGUUGAGAAGAUUUUAAAAGCUUAGUCCUGAUUUAUGCAUGUCUAAAACUCUUUCUUUUCCAUGAAAAGAUAUGUCUUGGGCUUUGCUUUACAACUUAGCAUGCAUUACAAGUAAAGGACCUUACUUGGAAAACCAAAGGACUCAGCGCCAGCUACAGUUAGUUUUUUUAUAUGAUGUUCUUUGCGCUGUCCUGUGCACGGUGGGCUUUGUAAAGCGAACUUUCUUUCUACCGUUUUCGAGAAUAUUUGGGCCGAUGAGUGAUUUCUUUCAGUAUUUCAUCACGCAUUGCUCAGUAGGAUUGUUGUAACGUCAUAUUAGUGUCCGAGGAGAUUCAAAUUCCUCUGAUUGAUGAGAGUGUGCAGGUGUAGCAUGGACACAGUCAGCGAUAGGCCCACACCUCCAUAAGAAUAAACUUAUAAAAAUGUCAACAAAUUUAAUUUCGGCCCUGCUUUUCUGGAUAUUGGUACCUAGGAAUUUGAUUUUAAGAGCUCAUCCUGAUAGGAAAGUUGUAAAAGUACAUCAUAUCAAAAAAUGAAAUCAAGUUGGCACUGAAUUCUGUGGCUUUCCACGCUGGAUUGUUUGUCUCUUCAUUUAUUGUGAAGAGACUAUGAUAAGUUAAGAAUGUAUGUAUGGUUUAAUAUUAAGAAUUUUAAAUUCUUUUAACUUGAAGCGCUUGUGCAUUUUAUGAAAGAAACCCUGAGGCCUUUGAAAAUACAAGCAAAUAUUAGUGAAUUCUAGAUAACAUUUAAUUUUUGGAUCAUAUCUUUUCAUCGAGUUAUAGUAUUUACUGACAUUAGGUUUUUGCCGACCUUGAAGCAGGCACAUACUACGUUUCUUUUCUCCUCUUCCUCUAUCGCCGCAACUGUUUCAGCUCAUAAGUUAUGAAUGUUAAAGUGGCAUUGUUGUAGUGGUACAAUGACAUUCUCGAUAUUUUGCUAUGAAUGAAAUAUUUUCACAAUAAAGGCAUUUUCAAUUAUAAAAUUUGAAAUGAAAUUUUAAAAAAUCGUUAUGCCUUGAAAACAUUUUCCUUCUCCUUCCCUUUUUUCUUAGAGGAAGUAAUUCUGAUUCCGUGGGAAAAAUACUUGGAUUUUUCAUGAGAGAGAACGAAUGAAAAACACGAACAGUUGUUCAGAUGAUGAAUUUUAAAUUACCAAGCUCGGAAUACCAAGAAAUUCAGCCAGCUACAUUUCGAAAUUAUUUGACAUGAUGUUCCUAACAAUCUCCGGAGCACAAUGAGCAAUUGAAUUGAACUUUCUAUGCACUAAAGUCAAAAUAAGCGAGCUGGAAAGUGAAUUUUUCGGUAUUUUUACAUGCGCAUUCUAAUGAAAGCGUGGGACUGUUACUAUGUAUGUGUGGCCGCUCUCUUGCAUGAUUUUGAUUAUUUUUAUGUGUCUUAUUUUCCUGGCAUGCAAGGAAACUACAGUUCUCCUCAAUCAACAACAAGAUUUUGCAACAUCUCUAUUAGAUAUUGCUUGUGAAAAUACGGAAAAGCUCCCUUCACAGUCCUGUUUUCCUUGAGAAAAGCACAUAGAAAGUUUGAUUAUUAAAGCUUAUUGGCCUCAGAGGAUUGUUAGGAAGAUCAUAUCAAAUACUAUCAAAAUUUGUAAAAUUGGCGCCAAUUUUCUUGGUAGUGGUCACCAAAUUCUGCGCAUCAUCCUUUAAAUGUAAAAUUUCUUUCCUUCUUUUAUUUCACAUAUUGCCCAAUCAUGUUAUGUCUUUUCUCCCUUUCCUCCAUGUCAAUCCUCACUCCUGAAAAAGUCUCAUAUUUCUAAUGUGUCAGCAAAAUCGUAGUUUGAGGUUUUAAAUCAUGAUUUCUGCCUUGUAUUACAUGUUUAGUCUUGAUAUACUCAAUGUGAUCUGUACGUUUUUAUUUUCAAGUUGUAGGUUUUAUCAAAAGCCUAUAGAAAAUUGUUAAUCCUGUUACCUCUUUUUAUUAGUAGUCAUUCGUGUCAUAUUACUUUUUUACUCAAAAUGUUAAAUGCAGUUAUUGUAAAUACAU